AUGAGGUUGGUGUUGUCUUGCAACUUGGACAUGUUGCUAAGGCGACUUCGCAUUAUUUCCGCCUCUAAUCGUUUCACUCUCAUUGGCUCGAGUCCCGACAAUUUUCCGCGGGAAGCUUUUCUCUCCCUCCAGUCCCAGGCCGACUCGCUGUGCCCAUUUUCCCAUCUUCCCCAGAAUGCAGAGGGUGGGUGCACAUCGAAAGUUCGGCAUGACAACAUGACCCAAUUGGACCAGCGAGAUCAAGCCAACACUUUCUACAAAAUAUGCCAUCACUGA